UGAUUUAAUAAAUACCUUACAUUUACAGCUUCCAAAUAUUCUUAAAAUAAUUAUAGUAGUGCCACGUACACAUAAAUAUUUAAUAUAAUUAUAAUACUAAUAUUAUUUUUUGAAAAAUAUCUAUAUCAUUUUUAUACGAUAUAAAAAUGCCUGUAGAAACAAUCGAUGAUCCAUCCAUAUGUUUGAAACCAAACACAAAGUUAAUAGACUUUGUUUGGAAAUACAUAUCCGAUGUAAAUGAUGCCCCACCUGGUAUUGUUACUUUAAAGAAAAGUAAUAAGAAGUGCAAUGACGUUUUAUUGAAAUUAAGUGAUAUAAAUUGGUUAAAUAAUUAUUUACAAGAAUAUAGAAAAACUACAGAUAAAAAAGUAUAUUUACAUGAAAUAUUAGAGGAUGUUGAUGUAAUAUUACCAACACCAAAAAUUACACCCAGAAAUCCUGAAUUGGAAGCAAGGAUACAAAAACUGACAGCGCAACAAAAUGCAAGAGAAUAUAAAGCUAUGACUAAAAGUAUUGAUUCCACACGAAAAGAUUUACCAGAAGAUACAUUGGCAUAUCAAAUGAAGCAAAUAAAUAAACAACUAAUUGCUGUUGCACAAUUUAUCUUCUCUGUAUUAGCAGGAUUUGCAUUUGGUUUCGUCGGAGUAGAAUUAAUAGUUGGUAAUUUAGAUUUUGGAUUUAGACUGUUACUGGGUAUAAUAUGUGCAUUAGUAAUUGCUUUGGCUGAAAUCUACUUUCUGGCUAUUAAGUUAAAUGAAGACUGUUAUGAUGUAUUUUCAACGCCUAAACCAACAAAAUUACAUCAAGAAUAAAAUAUGAGUUUUCAUUAUCUUCCUUAUUGUCGCUAUUAGAACAAGAGUCAGUAUCAGAUUCGCUAUCACUAUCUGAGUCUGAGCUACUUUCAGAAGAACUACUAUUCGAUGAUUUAGAUGCCAUCAUUUCCUUGAAUUGCCUUACUGUAAUUUUUCGUGGCAUUAUUUCCCGUAAAAAUUCCAACGUAUCAUUUGUUUGUACAACUUCUGCUAAAUGCUUGUAAUCUAAAUUAUUCCCU